AUGUCAUUAAUGUGUAGAAAAUUAUGCUCUUCUAUUUUAUGUGAGCAUUUUGGAAAUAUUGUGCAACGUGUGGGAGAAGAUUUAUUUAUGCAUGGUGCCAAGCCAUUGGGUUUGAUUCGUUUUACAACAAAACUUCCUGUAGCCAAGAUUAAAGAAGCAUUAUGCGUUUUAAUAAAAUAUGGUUUUGUUACGUAUCAGGAAGCAGAAAAAAAAAUGGAAUAUUCAUUAGAUUAUAAGAAAGUUUUAAUUAUUCUUCGUUAUCCAAGGUAUAUGUUCUUUGUAAAAACAGUUUGUGGAGAUGAAUGUGAAAUGAUGUUAGAAGAAGUACUAAAGCAUGGAUGUAUGACAGCUUCUGAAGUAAUAGUGAAAGUGUAUAAGAGAAUUGAACAGUCAUCUUCUGAAGAACAACCAACAGUUUCAGUUUUAAAAGAGAAAUUUGAACUUCUCGUUAAGAAUCAAUUUUUAAUGCGUAGUUUACCUUCAGAUUCAAUUGAAGAGAAAACAAACGAAAAACCUGAUUUUAGAUUACCAGAUUUGAAUUUAGCUGCUAUUACUAAAAAAAUAGAAGGAAAUAAUAGUGAUCCUGGAGAUAUCAAAAUUUAUUGGAAAGUUAAUUUUGAUCGUUUUACUCAGGAUUUAAGGGAUCAAAUUAUUGUAUCAGCUAUGAACAGAAGACUUGACGAAAAUGCUGGAGAAUUGAUAAGGCAGUUAUUAUUCCUUAUGUUUUUACGGACAGCAUCAUGGGCAGACACAUCCAAUCCAAUACCUCUUACAGAAAUAAAAGAUGCAGUUAGAAAAACAAAUUUUCCAUUACUUACACAACACCUUGAUCAAUAUUUACGUCUCAUUGAGGAAGAUACUAGUCAAUUCUUAAAACGUGUCGGCGAUUCAGGAGGUGGUCAAUACAGCGUUAAUAUGAAAGAAGCAUUUAAUCAAUUAGCAUGGGCAACUUUAGAAAAUAUCGUAAUGGAACGGUUUGGUUCGAAAGCAGCUAGAAUCUUUAGGUUAGUACGUGAGAGAAAGUACAUUGAACAGGAACAAAUUCAGCAAUUAGCAAUGAUUCCAGCAAAAGAAGCUAAACACUUGACAUAUACUCUAUUACAAGAAAACUAUUUACAAAUGCAGGAAAUAAAAAAGACUGGAGUAUCAGCUACACCGAUAAAAACAUUUUUCUUAUUUCAUAUUGAUUUAAAUUUUGUCGUACGUAUGGAGAUUGAACACUGUUAUCAUGCACUGUACAAUACUAUGCAAAGACGAGAAUAUGAAAUAAGCAGUAAUAAGCGAAUGAUCGAUAAACAAUUGCGAAUGCAAACUCUUACGAGUAAUUUAAAAGAACAUGGUGCUACCGAAGAGCAAUUAGCAGAGAUUGCAGAAUUAAUGACACCAUCUGAGAAACAGCAAUUGGAGAAAGUUCAAAAUACAAUAAAGAAAUUAGGUAUUACUGAAUUGCAGAUCGACGAAACUCUAUUCCUACUGUCAAUGUAUUUGCAUUAUCAUUAA